AUGACCCAGAUCUCUGAGUCUCACAACGCUUUGCCCGUCGAAAUCCAGCACUCUGCUCUCCUACAACUCCUCGCCAACUCGCUAGUGCUGUCGCAGACAGCACCCUACUUAUCCUGUUACGAUGUCCUGAAUCUUGCAGCCACCGCGCGGGCUUUCCGCUUUCUGGUCUAUCAUACACCCAACGUCUUCCGACGUCUAGAACUGGGCAAUGUCAAGACCGCACAGUUCGAUACCCAUGCCAUCGACCGCGGCGGGGAGGUCUGGCGCAAUGUCCAAUUAGAUGAGAACUUGACCGAGGACGACUUUUACUCGGGCCCCCUUCGUGGCAUAUUCUCCAACCUCCGCCGCGCCGAUAUCCUGAGGGACGUGCAGGUCCUCUCCCUUGACGGCCUGUCCGUCACAGCUGAUCUCAUCCAUGAGAUCCUCAACGACCCCUCCUUCUCUGUCCGUAUCUUGUCCGCCCGCGGCGUCAAGAACCUAAACGAGCGGAAACUCCGUGCCGCCUUGCAAUAUGCCUGCCGCGAAUCGAGGCCCGAAGGGAUGCCGCGCGUGAAAGCGUUGUAUAUUUUUGGACCGCAGGAUACGACGUCGACAUCGGCGCACCGAGAGCAAAAGUCCAGCUCCUCUCCGACCAGCCCAGCGGCCGUUGCCGCUGCUUGGAACACAAAGAGUCAGGAGGCAUUGACGGCUGCCCUUGCUGAGGAACCGGAGGCGUGGUAUGCCCGCCGUGGUGGCCAGUUUCCGAGCCGUAUCCACGCCGAAUGGGCGUCCACGCUCAUGGCAUGUGCGGGCAUCAUCUCGUUUGACUCGGUCCUAUGCACCGGUCCACGACACUUCAACUCUCCCGGAUGGGGAACCGUCAAUAUCGAGGCUCUCGACGCUGCCGCUUCCACCGGGGCAGCGAGCGUGCCUCACUUUGCCGUUGCAAGCCAUAGUCUAGACGGAUGUGCCUCCUGUGGCUCAGCACCGGAGGGCUGGACUGUCUGGGGCCAACAGUUGAUUGCUUCCCAGCGUGAUUCUGACGGGAGGCGGACGAGUGAGAGCUGCAUGGCCGACCUAGCGAGGUUCCCCUUGCUGGCUCCUCCACCCAUGCACUCCGCAAGCCUCCAAGUUGCCAUGUGCCCGGCCGGCCAGACUGUGAGGUCACGCCUACCGUUCAUCCCGAGCGGCAAACAGCAGACGGCGCGUUUUAUUCCGCGGUGUUUCGACUGUAUCCGAGACCGCUACUGUGGAGGGUGCCAUAAAUGGUGGUGUGAGUCGUGUUACAUUGGACCCCGGGCGCCAUCCCCCGCGGACCAUGGAGGAUCAGGUUCGGGGCCUAACUCUGUAAGCAACCCCAUUUCCGGCCCCCGGUGUGAUGGGUGUGAACGACAGCGUAGAGUCAGUGUGCAGGAUUAG